CGGAUGGUUGCUGCCCCGGGACCAUGACGGGGAAGAAGUCUUCCCGGGAGAAGCGGCGCAAGCGGAGCGGGCCUGAGGCGACCGCGGCGCUGUCCGCCCCGGACCUCGUGCCCGCGCUGGCCGGCAGCGGCAGCGGCAGCACCAGCGGCUGCGGGAGCGCCAGCGGCUGCGGGAGCCUCGGCUGCUGCGGGAACGCGGGAGGCGCUGCCGGGGCGGCGGGCGGCGGGAACGGCGCGGAGCGCAGCGAGCGCCGGAAGCGGAGGAGCACCGACUCGUCCUCCAGCGUCUCGGGCUCGCUGCCGCAGGAACCCAAAUAUCUUUUACCAUCCUUUGAAAAAGACUUACUCUUGGCAGAGCACAGUGAUCUUGAAGAAGGUGGACUGGAUCUGACGGUCUCAUUAAAGCCAGUGAGUUUCUAUAUAUCUGACAAGAAGGAGAUGCUUCAGCAGUGCUUCUGCAUCAUAGGCGAGAAGAAGCUACAGAAGAUGCUUCCUGAUGUGCUGAAGAACUGUUCAGUAGAAGAAAUAAAAAAACUAUGCCAGGAACAGUUAGAACUCCUGUCUGAAAAAAAAAUCUUGAAGAUUCUUGAGGGUAACAAUGGUGUGGACUCAGAUAUGGAAGAGGAAGCAGAUGAUGGCUCCAAGAUGGGACCUGAUGUAGUAAGUCAACAAGACACCUGUACAGAUUCUACUUCAUCCCUGAGAGAGACCAAACAACCAGAAGGUUUGGAAUCAAAGCAAGGCAAAGGGGAAGAUAGUGACGUGCUCAGUAUAAAUGCAGAUGCUUAUGACAGCGACAUAGAAGGCCCGUGCAACGAGGAAGCUGCUGCUCCUGAGGCCCCUGAAAGUACAGUCCAAAGCGAAGCUGGUCAGAUAGAUGACCUGGAGAAAGAUAUUGAAAAGAGCGUGAAUGAAAUUCUGGGACUGGCAGAGUCUAGCCCAAAGGAACUCAAAGCAGCCACCCUGACUGUUCCUCCACCGGAAGAUGUCCAGCCUUCGGCACAGCAGCUGGAGCUGCUAGAACUUGAGAUGAGGGCCAGAGCCAUUAAGGCGCUCAUGAAAGCUGGAGAUAUAAAAAAGAUAGCUUAGUUCUUUAACUUGAAUUUUAUGUGUGAGUGAGCAAAGCCAUGUCCUAUCAUUUUGUAUAUGAACUUUAUUUGGAGUCUUAUGUGUUAUUUCUCAUGAAACACUUAUUAUGAAUUUAUCUUAGGCCUAAAUUACUUUUUUUUAAAAAAAAACUUUUAUAGAUUAUAGAUGAGUAUUUAAAUUCAUGGCAAAUAGAGUUGGGUAGCCUGGAUUCUUGUCUUAGAUAAGUAUUUAGCUAUGUCUACAAAUUAAUAUCUUUAAGAAGACAGUGGAAAGGAGUCACAAUAUUUUCUUCCUUUGUUUUUAAAUGUUUGGUAACAGACCCAAAAGCUUUAAGAAAGAUUGGCCCAGCAUGUUUCUCUUAAGGCUAUCUAUAUUUUGCAACAGAAUAUUAAAUUAUUGCUCCUAGAUUUGCUAACAGUUCAAGAAAUUCAGUUUAUGUAUAUACGUACUUUUAAAAUACGUGCUGUUUGAGGGUGCCUUCUGUGGAUGUGAGCUUCUUACUGAAAACUGAGUAGCAGUUUUUGUUGUAAGGCUUAGAGCUCUGAAAUGGCUAAGAAAGCAGUUUUUUCUUAUUUGAAAAUGAACUUGAUUUAAGGCAAUUUUUACAAUGUAGAACUAAUUGCCCGUGUUUAAUUCCAGCAAUAGGCCAUUCUCACAGAUAUUUGGUCUUCUUUGGGCACUUGGUUCACAUUUUUUUUUUCAAUCAAAAUAAUUUUCAUUUACAUUCCAAGCUACCAUGAAAAGGAUAAUAUAUUAUCAUACAGGGUUUCAUCUGAUGAUGUUGCUUGAAGAUCUGAUAUGCUAUAAUUUCAUAAAUCACAAUAAUAAAGGUUAUUCUGGAUAUGAAGACUUUUGAUACCUUUCCAAAAGCAAAAUUGACUUUAAGAAACUUUGAUAAGUUGAUGUUUGAAUUAAGCUAAUUUUGUAUACUUUUUGUAAACAAAUUACAACCUAGCCACAAUUAUAGAUGCUUUUGCUCCCAUUACCAAUUGCACUUGUUUGAUACCAAAAUAAAUUUAGGUAGGAUCCCUUAAUUUAAAAUAAAUCAUUUUUUUUCUAAAA